AUGUCUUCUGGAGAUUUCUUCGGCCAGGGCCGCGAUCAGAACAACGACCGUAAUGGUCAGGGCCAGGGUCAGGGCCGUCAAGACUACGGCGACCAGCAAUUCCGAGGCAAUUAUGGCGCUGGUGCCCCCGACUUCUCAAGCAUCGUCGGCCACGCCGAAAACCAGGGCGGCAACAACUCAUCCUUCUUCAGCGAAGCAGCCAACUUCCUCCAACAACAACAUGGCAACAUCUCCAACAACCAGGACGUUGAUCAGCAACACAUGGUGAACUCACACGAGAAGUUCUACGGUAACGGUAAUAGCGAAGGUCCUGCUAGCUCUAACGAUCUCGGUGCUGGUGCAGCCAUGCAGGCCUUGAAGGCUUUCACAAGUGGUGGUUCUGGUGGUGGACAGAACCAGUUGAUUGGACUGGCGAUGGCAGAGGCUGGGAAGUUGUUUGACCAGCAGAAUGCGAAUGGCAACGCAAGCGGCGACAAGCAGUCUGCUAUCAACUCGGCUGCUGAGAUGGCUUUGAAGAUGUACUUGCAGGGACAGGGUGGUCUUGGUGGCACCGGUGGACCUGCUGGCUUGCUAGGCUUGGCUAGCAAGUUCCUUUAA